AUGAUGCGAUCGCGCGAUCCGCGCAUCCGGCAGCGGAUCAACCAGAUCUCCCAUAACAUCGAGUCCGCCAACGAGACUGCCCAGGAAGGACUAUACGCUUUUUCACAAAAUUACUUAUCCCCAUGCGUCGCCUCCAUUGGGAACUGCAUUAAUGGAUGUACUGCUCCUUGUUUCCCAAGCCGGGAAGAUCAGCUGAGGCGCCGGCGCCGGGGUCAGGCCGAGGCCAACUUCGAUUUCUACGAUGACUGGGAUAAUGACGAGGAGGAAGAUAGCUUGCUAGGAUGGGGCACGGGAGAAUUGGAUCGUCUUCUGGCGGGCAGUGGGUUAACUCGAAAUUCAACUGAGCAGCCACGUCGGCCAAGGAGGAUGAGCUACGGUACACGUAACACAAGACGGAGGAGUGCAGUACAUAUCCCGGAUGAUCGCAGCGACCCCACGGUCAUCCCUAGCUCUUCACUGAUCGGAUUCCUGGAACGCUUUCCCUGGAGGUUUGGGGCGAAAGGAAUCAAGUAUCGUCCCUCCGCGGCGGACUUGCAAGAACACCCGGGCAGCUCGAGACGCUAUGCACAUGAAGAUGAGCCAUUAAUGGAAGCGACCGAGGAUGAAGGAGGCCCGAUAUCUUACAAUGAAAAUAGAAGAAAUCGAAGCGAGACUGGGUCAUCUCGCGACACUUCCAACUCUCUUAGCUCUCGUGGUGAUCUAUUACCGAGUGAUGAAGAAGAAGACGCAGUUCCGCUGGACGAUGAAUUUGCUCUUGUUUUCGGACGUCGUGGGACUGGCUUGGAGUCAGAUGACCAGGGCUCGAAAUCAGAAAUGGUGAGAUCUGCUUCUGGUACGUCCAGUUUAGGGGAUGCAUCUUCCAAGAAAUCAAACCGCAAAAAGAGAAAGAAGCGUUCAUCCACAAAAUCACCAAUGAGCACAGAUCAAGACAACCUCCAUGGCUUGAAUACCCCAUCAAUGGCGGAUCUGCAAGUCGAGAAAGAUCAGGCGGCACAUGAAGAAUUAACGAUCAAGAAAAACCGAGCUGCUGCACAAGAACUGGCUGCUAAACGGGGUCUUCGUCUUGAUCAUAACCACCAGCCCGCAACAGCUACAUCACCCUCAACGGCAAGGGAACAAAUACCUAGACCUCUUUCCCAACAAAGCCUCUUGCCGAUGGGCGAACAGCAAGCUGAUUCUACCGAUCAGAGGUCCAUCGGGUCAUCUAUUCGACGGUUCUCGGGCGAACAAACAGAGCCAUUCCCGCCAUUCCUGUUACCAGAAUCUCCUAAGACCACAUCCAAACCUAACUCCAUUAAUGACCCUAAUAACGGGGUAGAUCUGGCUGGUGAAUCUAGUCGCCACAAUGCUGACAUCUCGUAA